AUGUCGCAAAGCACCAUUACCUAUCCAACGGAAGCGAAUAGCUCAGUCAUUUUCGGCAUUCAAGUGGGGCAAGAUCCUUACAACAUUAUAAGACAAGUGGACAAUGACACCGUGGUCGUGACGCCAAAGAUGAAUACGAGUGGAUUGACAGAGCUUAAGGUUGGUGUUCUGUUGCCAUUCAGUCAAACCGACGAUCCUUUCACUGCGGAAAUUGUCUGGGGAGGAGCAUCCGCUAUUCGAAUGGCCAUCAAUGAUAUCAAUGCAAAGGGCGUGAUUCCUGGUGCCUAUAUCACCUUGAUUCAAAAGGAUUCAUUUCCUGUCAGGUCCGUCAACCAAGAUGCGGUCACCGACGCCGUUUAUGCAUCCGUCACUCUUCUUCAACAAGGCGUUAUCGGGGUCAUUGGUGAUAUUUCGAGUUCAUGGACAAGUCUAAGUGCUCUCAUGACAAGUACGCUUGAGAUCCCACAAUGCUCUUUUACUGCUACGGCUGCUUCGUUUUCCGACAAGACGCAAUACAAGUACUUUUUCAGGACGAUCUCCACCCAAACGAUAUUCGGUGAUGCCAUGAUGGGCUUUGCAACCACCCAAGGCUGGUCUAAAAUUGGCAUUGUAUAUACAGAUGAUCCCACCGGUCAACAAUUUUGUCAGCAUGCCAUUAUGCAUUCAUCCUCCAUGAACAUCCAAGUGACCCAUUAUCAAGCCAUCACGCAAGAUGCAUCGCCCAAUGACAUUGCCAACACACUUGCCAAGGUUUCUUCGGAUGGCGUACGCAUUAUCUUGGUGGCAGCUUCGGGUGAUAUCCAGAUUAAUAUCAUGGUCCAAGCCGCUGAAAUGGGAUACCUAUCAGACGACUAUGUAUGGAUGCUUAUUGGCGAUGUUACUCAGGAUCUAGCAACAGCCAUCGACACACGCAAUAGCAAAAUCACGAACCCUACCGCACCAUCAUUCAACAAUGCAACAUCACCCUACAAUGCAACCACACCCAUCGAUUUCAAUUCCACAUUUACAGGCGUCUUUAUGUUUGAUAAUUGGCUAUCAAUGACCGGGUAUCCACCGUUUGAAUCUUUUCUUGAUUCUUGGUCAUCUUUGGACCCUACCGCCUAUCCCUAUGCAGGACAAAGAAAAAUUAGCACCAAUGAAGGACUUGCCUAUUCAUGCAUGAUGGUCAUGGCGGAAGGAUUCAGCCACGCUAUUGCCAAUAUCACAAAUCAUACAUCAGGGCUCGAGCAAUUAAGGGAAGGCGAUCUUGGCCAGUACAUGUUACCACAGACGUUUAAUGUUGGCUAUGUUGGACCUGAAGGACCGAUGGUCUUUGAUUCCAACGGUGACGUGACAAAAGCGAAUUACCUGAUCUACAAUGUGCAAGGUGGACAUAGCGUCGUCGUCGGACAACUCAUGGAAGGACAUAUACAAUUCACCAACAAGCUCAUGUACCAUGAUGGCACAUCCAAUCCUCCACCCGACUCGCCUCCCAGUCUUUCACUUAACCCAGAUUUUUCCUCGGCAACGGGACUUGUUAUCACUACCAUUUCCUCAUUGGGCAUCUUUUCAGCAAUGAUGGUCUUCUUCUUGGUCGUUCUAUUUCGGAAAAAUGAGGUCUUUAAAGCAUCUAGCCCGCUUUUUUGCUGCUUGGAGCUUAUUGGAUUCAUGUUCACCUAUGCUUCGGUGAUUACCAUGGUUGGCAUCCCCUCUUAUCCCACUUGUUAUACCACGCCUCUCUUGUUCAAUCUCGGGUUUCUACUUAUUCUCGGAAACAUGAUUGCAAAGAACUAUCGCAUUUAUCGCAUCUUUAACAACAUCUUCAUCACUCGUACGGUGAUCACCGAUACCCAGCUCAUCAAGACAACGUCUAUUGUUGUGGCAGCAGACAUGAUCAUCAUGGGCGUUGGGUUAGCUGUCAGCCGCCCUUUUCCUACAAGGAUCGACACCUCCUUCUCACGCCACUAUUGGGAAUGCCACGCUUCGAACCAAAAGAUCGAGCUUGUGUUUCGGGUCCUUUCUACUGUCUACGCCGCUAUCAUGCUUUUAUUUGCUACUUUUUUGGCAUACAAAACCCGCGCUGCUGGCAGGCGGUAUAGCCAUUACAGUGAAACCAAGCAGAUGGGCUUAUCUGUAUACAAUAUUCUUUUCUCUGCUUUGGUUGGUUUUGCGGUGAUGAUCAACCCCAUGGCCGAUUUUUAUACCACGUAUUACAUUACCAUCAUCACGAUCCUUUGGGCCACGACGUUUUCUCUUUUGGCAUUGUUUCUCCCUAAGAUCCAUGCAUUUUUCAAGCAAAUGCGUAAAAAGCACCAAGACAGCAAGAACAAAAACUCAGGAAAUGAGAAUGGGAUGCUUUCGAUACUUCGCUAUGGACCAGGCCAAACAUCAGGACAUGAUCAUCAAGCAAGUAGCUUUGGCAGUGAAGGAGGUGAGCUGAUCAGCUUGUCACGUAUGGUCAACCUGCCAUCCUCCAAGCCCAACAAGGAUACUUUUAUCGAAGUACAUGAGGGGGACAUGCCUGUACGCCGCGUGUUUCGAUACUUUCCAUUCUUGUCUCAUUGGGAGAUGCAGCACAUGAUGGUGUUUCCCUGCCUGGGGUACUUUUCUUUCUUUUCUGAAAAAACCAAAGAAGGCGCUGUCAUGUCUUACCGUGAUGUGAGCGUGCACUCGGCUCAACUUGAUGAGUAUGUCCUCAAGAUCCAUGGCCAAGGAUUAUAUGAUUUGUAUAUCCAAUUACCCGACUUGAAUGCGCUCACGACGUGGGAAAGCGUGUUUAAUGGCGAAUUUCACAAGGGUCAACAACAAAAACAGCCAUCCUCCUCUUUUUUGAAUCUACCAAAAGAAGAUCAAGAUAACAAAGUAGGGUUAUUAGUCCCCACAGAAACAUCAUCGUCACCGCCACCACCGGAUGACAACAACAAACACCAGCAUCACCGAUCAUUAUUAGCUCAUGACGAAAGUGAAGGUAGCAGCAUCACUGUAGCCACUCAUUUGUAUUAG